AUGGUCGAGGAAGUCGUCAAACUCCUCUAUUUCGAGUUUGAGUCAUUGGUACCGGGUACUGAACAAGGAGGUGCGUUCUCCAAACACCCGCUUGAGAUUCUGAACGGUUGCUUUGAAAGUGAAGUCAACCGAGGACUCGGGGAGGAUCGUGUCAGUGUAUGUCUUCAGUUCGGCUGGAUGCAGUUUGCGGGUAAGGAGUCUGACCUUCCAUGCGUCGUCCUGGGACGCAAGAUCAACUCAAAACAGGUCUUCGUGAGACUGAUAAUAGGACUCGAACGUUACCCAUUCUCCGGAUCAUAG